CUACCUGGUGAGAAAACAGCCUGCAGAGAGCAGCAGGCUGCCGGUGCCUGUGCCAGAUCAGAGAUGUCUUGCCUGCCUGUCUGCUCCUGUUACUGAUUUUGCUGCUGUGAGAAAGUUCAGGGCGCACAAGAGACAGCAGAGGCUGCUGCGGGGAACCAUCCCCCCAGGAGGCAGUACCCCACAUCUGGCACCAAGAGGGAGCACAGACCAUCACUUUGACUCUCCCCAUCCUCCCUCCCUUCCUAUCUCACCCUUCCUUGAGAGGAGGUGAUGCGUCACCGUUGCGAUGCAGGAGUAGAUCAUCUAACGGGUCAUGGGAGACGGUGGGGAUUCUUGUACUCAAAAAAAAUCCAGCUUACGUUCAGCCAGAGCUGCAUGUGAUCCCCCAUCCCACCGCAGCCCUCUCCUACUCAGAUACCCCAAAGCCACAGCGUUCAUCCCACCUCUUCUUCCCCCAAGGCAUCCAUUUUGCUGCUGCAAAACUGAGUUUGCCUGCACCGAUUCGACAUCUUGAUCUAGCCCUAAUCGGGAAGCUGCGUGUAUAAGCUGAGCUCAGAGGGAUGCCCAUAAAGGAUUUAUUUCCCCCAUACAGGGAGCACAGAAGCUAAUGCAUAUCGCUGUUGCAGUGUCUCUGCCAGGCUUCGGCUUUCCUGAUUGCUCGGCGCCCUGUGGUAGUGAGAGCACAGAGGAUUUUAAAGAAGUUGAAAAUGUCUGAUCUAAUGCAUCUUUGGGGUUGGCCACACGUGGUGGGAUAAGGGUGUGCUUCACAGAGCGCUGAGCUGGUGCUUUUUUUUAAAUCAGCAUCUGAAUCAUUGUAAACAGGCUCGUUUGGCAGCCGCUGCAGGCUGGCAGCAUGCAGCUUAACUCCUGACAAAUUUCUCAUCCUCGCUCUCUGUGCUGUAGCUGGUUUAGGCAGGAGUUAGGAAGGCGCCAGGCAUUUUUAAGCCUUCUGCACCCUAAAACUAUGGGAGAUUCUCCCAAGUCUGAAGCAUAAAGUUCUGUUCCCUCUGGUUCUCAACUCGAGAUGUAGCAUCUCAUGAUGAUUUGUGUUACUUCUCCUAUACUCUUCCCUUCAUUCUGGGGCCACAUUUCUCCUUUCAGCUAAUCUUUAUCUUCAGGUUAAGGGCCAGCUUUCACUCUGUGGACUGGUUUUGCGGAGACUUUGCUCAGAGCCGCCACAUACUGUGUACAGUACCUGGAAGCAAUUCUGACCCCAGUAAAUUGUGAUCCAUGGCUACAGUGCUAAUAUGCCGAAGAUUUCCAAGACUGAGCAGGGUGACUGCAUUUUCGACUACAGCCAAGUGCAAGGCUGAGAGCGGAAGCAGCAAAAGUGAGCAGGAAAAGGAAGAGAACCCAGAAACGGCCAACACCAGAAGCGAAUCUGCAGCUACAAUCCAGUUGCUGAAUCCACUGGACUACAGAGUAUUGCAUAAUCCAUCUGCCUAUGCCAAAAGCAGAGCUGUCUCCCAGCAGCACGCUGCUAGGAGCAGUGGCCAGGCUCUCGGUGACACUUUCACCAGCCCUGGCAGGGCACAGGUUCAGCAUACAUUCGGUAACGCCUCUUCUCAAGCUUUGCCUUCUGUCGGAAAUGCCCUGCCAAAGCCCAAGUCCAAACCGCUCCUCAAGCAGACCAUUUCGGCGUGCCUUUCUGUGGCACAAACCAAGGAGGAGGCAGAAAAGGAUAAAAGAGAGAUGCAUGACUCCAAGGAGGACCCUCGCAUGUUUCAGAAGGGGAGGCCUGAAUACAAAUCUCUCAGCUAUGACAAGUUUGAGCCAGUAGAGACCCUUUCUUUAGAAGAAGGUGACUCGAUUUUACACAGUGUGGCCGUAUGCAAGGGCAGCCAGAGCACAGGAACUAUCACAGAUUAUUUUUGCAAGCUGAGUCGUUUGCCAGUGGAACAACAUGCAGCAUUGGUGUCCGAACCCAGGUUUAAUACACUGUGUCGCUGUGCUGUCAAAAACAUCGGGUUGUUCAGUACUUCAGAACUCGUCGAUAUUUUGAAAGCUUGUGUUCGUUUGGUUGUUCCACCCACGCACCCUCUGCUGAACGCAUGCGAGAACGAAUUCUGCCGGCGAGUGUGGGACAUGAACCUGGACCAGCUGCUGCUGGUGGCUGAUUGCUGGCGCUGUCUGGACCGUAGCGUGCCUUCCUACCUGAGCAUUUUGUUCAGCUAUGCCAACAUGCACUGGAAAGACCUCACUUUGCCCCGGUUUGUUCAGCUUCUUUAUAUCAUAGGUGAAGGCCGGAGGUCACCCGCAGACUUGACGCAGAAGGUGGAGAGCAUGAUUUUGAAGUACUUGGACUCCUUCACCUUGGAGGAGGUGGGUGCUGUCUGCUUAGGGCUCUUCAAGUCCCUCAGUGGUAUCUCUGACCACGUCAUGAGAAAAAUUGCAGACAGAGUCUACCUGCAGAUGGAAGACAUGAGCACUUACGCUUUGGUGAACGUGCUUAAAGUACUCCGCUACAGUCGCGUGGACCACUUACCCCUCUUGAAGGAACUUGGGAAGGUUAUUCCUGCUCGGAUUCCUACAGUAAACAUCCAGGGCAUCAUGCACAUCACUCUUACCUGUUCAUCCCUACACUACUUUGACGAGGGCAUUAUGGCUGCUGUAGCCAUGUCUUUGCCUUCUAAGGUGACUUACUGCCGAAGCAAAGAUGCUGCCAAGUUCUUGUGGUCGUUUGGAUGCCUGGACUAUGAACCGCCAAACGAGGAAGAGUUUUACUCCAGCCUGAUAGAGCAGAUGCAUAGGAAACUCCAUGAAUUUAGGAAGUAUCCAGAGCAUCUCCUUACUGGUUUGCUUGGCCUGGCAUUUGUCAAACGCUUCCCAGAGGACCUGAUAGACUAUGCUUUGAGGGAUGAGUUUGUCCAGAAAACAAGAGGUAGUAAGUAUGAGCUCAAAAAGGACCUGUUCACGCUUAGUAAGAGUGUUGAAAUUGAGUGCCCGAGCUACCAAGGCAGCCGCCUUCCACCUCAGCUUUAUCGAGAGAUGACCGAGAUGGUUUUGAAUUUUGCAGAGCAAGAAAUCUAUGUCAGGCCUGAAAUUGUGGAAGCUGUGUCUCUUCUCGAGAGCAUGUUAGGUGGCCCCGAGUAUGUGAAAAACCACAUGAUCCUGCCUCACACGAGAUCGGGUGAUCUAGAGGUUCACUUGGCUAUGGAUGGGCAUCCCAUCCCUUUCAACUUAAAGGACCCUAUUACAGAUAAGAAACUGAAAGACUUCGGAGUUAGUCUAACGGAUGACUUAAUGACUCAGCUUAUAAAAGGGAGAUCUAAUAGCCAGUCUCCUGUGGAAGUGGAAAAUGAAGCCAGGACUCCUGGGCAGGAGGGGAGGGAAGAAGCAGGAACACCAAAGGCAGGGGACAGUGCUGCGCUUUCAGGUGGAGCUCUUCUUGCAGAUGCCAGAUUGCAAGUUGAGCCUAAAUCGGAGCGCUGUCUUGAAGUCCCCCCAUCUCUUACACUGAACCGGCAGCCUCGGCAGGUGAAACUGGCGAUUCAGGUGUCCAACCGAAACCACUACUGCUACUGCUCCAAGCGGCUCUUGGGGCUGCACUGCUUGAAACGGCGGCAGCUGCAGCAGCUGGGGUACGUGGUGGUUGAGCUUCCCUUCUGGGAAUGGUUUCCUCUGCUCAAACGCACGCGUUUGGAGAAACUGAGCUACCUCCAUUACAAAGUGUUUGACCCAGCGCUGCUUAGCAGGGCUGGCUAGUCUGGUAUAGUGCUCGCUCAGAGGCUGACACUGCCUCCCAGAUGCAUCUCUCUUUCUGUUUACUGAUUUAAAUGGUCCCUGAGUGUUGGUUAAGUUUUUGGCAGGUCCUCUGUGUGCUCAGGCUGCCUUGCUGUGUUAGUCAGUUCUGCUCUGCUGACAGUCAUAUGUCCCACGCUCUCCUUUUGUACAUACAUCCUCAAAUGCUUCCAUGACAAAUAAAUACUACUGUCCUAUUCA